AUGACCACAUCUCAGGAUCACACAAAGCCGCUGCUCAAAGACCACCUUGAAGUGCCUUCCUAUAAUAGUGUCGUGAGCGAAACCAGUAGCCAAAUCUCUCUCAUUAGAGACUUGAACACUUGGGAUAUGAUAAAAUUGACUAUAUGCAUGGCUGGACUAUCAAAAGAACUGAUUGCACUCGUUUGGCUUGCGGGUCCUUUAUCAGGAUUAAUAGUACAACCGGUGAUUGGCGCUUACAGUGAUAAGAGUACAUUCAAGUAUGGAAGACGUCGACCGCUCAUGAUUCUCAGUGGAUUAAUUGUUUGUCUGUCAUUGUUUGGCAUUGCUUACUCAAAUGAAUUGGCAGAGUUUCUUUUAUCACGAAAAAGUUAUUAUCUGGAUAUUGAUCUCGAGAUGAAAAAGACUUCAAUUUGGAUAGCGGUAAUCUCAUUCUACUGCUUGGACUUCUCUCUGAAUGCUGUGAUGGCAGCCUGUCGAGCUCUCAUUGUUGACAUUUCCCCACUUUCGCAACAAGAAAUUGGGAACGCUUGGGCUGGACGAAUGAUUCAUGUCGGAAACAUCGCGGGAUAUUUUACCGGCUUCAUCAAUUUGCUACUUUGGUUUCCAUGGCUUGGAGAUACUCAGAUGAAGGUGCUCUGUUCUAUUGCAAUUUUUGUACUGAUUGCUUCGUUGAUCAUCACAUGCGUGAGUGUAACCGAGAAAGUCUAUGUGCCUAUUAAUGGAGAGGAAAACUCAACAUGGAUAGUGGAUAUCUACUUGAAAACACACUCACGCCGCGACCCAAACGAAAUCAUGACAGCUGUGAGAUAUGGAUCAUUAUGUCUAUUACUAUAUUCAAUAGUAUCAUUUUUCGCCGGUAUUGUUUUACCACAACUGACACCUGACUCUUAUCCAACCAGAAAUCCAUUCACCAUCUACAAUAUUUUUACGGUGUCGAAUCUCAUUGUAGCAGUGUUGGCAUUUUUGACGUUUAUUGUGAGUACUGUUAAUCAGGCAAUGGUGUUAAUGGCUGUUUUGGGUAUUCCAUGGGCGGCUGCAAUGUGGGUUCCUUACGCGCUUGUUGGAGAAUUUGUUAGUAGAAACGAUCAAGAAAUCUUACAAGAUGAUGAUCCUACCGACACUUUCAUAAGUAAUAAAAAUUCUUCAACCGCUUCGUUCGAUAAAACACCGGAGCUUGAAGAACAAGCAUUACCACGUCCUGAUGAAGAUUCAUCAAUCACAAAAGGCAAACUACCACGUCUCGCAAUAACACCAUCAUCUUCGUCCUCCAAUUCAAAAACUUAUGAUGGAAACAAUGAAGAGAUUGCAUCUACGUCACUCACAACAGCAUCAGAAUUCGACGCUGGGAUGAUCUUAGGCGUUCACAAUAUAUACAUUGUGUUACCGCAACUCACUACCGCGUUAGUUAGUUCAGUAAUUUUCAAGAUUGUAAAAGAUAUGAAUGGCGGAGAUGAGACUGGUUGGGUUAUUCGGUAUGGUGGAAUAAUGAUGAUAGCUGCUGCUGUUUUAUCUCGGUAUAUUGAGAGGUAA